UCCGGUACGGUCGGAUUCUACGUUAUCCAAUCACACUCAUUUUUUCACCGCAGUUAAAAACACAAAAAGUGAAGUUAAACUCAUUACCAGUUUGGUUUCUCAACGAAUCCUUACUUAAUCACUCUGAUCAAAUACCAUUAAUUAUCACCGAUCUUCUGAUUAAUCACUCUUUAAUCCUCUCUUUAUUUCCUUUUUCUCUCUCUUCUCUUUCUUCUUCUUCUUCCUCGAGAGCACCUUAUGCUGAUUCCUUUCUUUUUCUUCCUCAAAUCAUAAAACCCGAUCGGCCAAUUCCUUCUCAAUUAUCCUUAAAUUUCCGAUUUUGAUAUCUGGGUUUCUCUCUGAUCAUGGCGGUUGUUGAGACUGGAGCAGCUGCUACUGCUGCUGAUGCAGGAGGAGUCGUGAUCCAGCCGCCGCCGUCUUCUCCACCUUCUUCAAUGACAAGUCAAGAUUCCGGCGUUUCUUCCGAUGAUCAGAACCAUCACUCUAGGAUCGAUCAAGUUCUUCGGCACGAUCAAGGUGAUGUUGGUCUGUAUAGCAAGAUCGGGUCACACGUGGCGAGAUCCGACGGCGUUGACGGUGGUGAAAGCUUUAAGCGUGAUAUGAGAGAGCUUCAGGAGCUUUUCUCUAAGCUUAAUCCUAUGGCUGAAGAGUUUGUUCCUCCUUCUCUGACUAAACAAGGAGGUAACGGUGGACUUAACGGUGUUAAUGGUGGUUUCUUCACUUCUGCUGGUUCCUUCUUCCGUAACAAUGGCUUCUCUGGUACUGGAAAUGGUGGCUACGGUAAUGAAAACGGUGGUUUUCGACGGAAGAAGAGCUUUGGUCAAGGGAAACGAAGGAUGAAUGCUCGAACAAGCAUGGCUCAACGAGAAGAUGUUAUCCGUAGAACCGUCUAUGUCUCUGAUCUCGAUCAACAGGUCACUGAAGAGCAGCUUGCUGGUUUGUUUGUGAGCUGUGGACAGGUUGUUGACUGUCGCAUAUGUGGUGACCCAAACUCAGUGCUUCGGUUUGCAUUCAUCGAGUUCACUGAUGAAGAGGGUGCAAUGACUGCUCUGAAUUUAUCGGGGACUAUGUUGGGAUUUUAUCCUGUGAAAGUUCUGCCAUCCAAAACAGCUAUAGCACCGGUUAACCCGACAUUUUUGCCCAGGACUGAAGAUGAGCGUGAGAUGUGUGCGAGAACUAUCUACUGUACUAACAUUGACAAGAAGGUGACUCAAUCAGAUGUGAAGAUCUUUUUCGAAUCCUUCUGCGGAGAGGUUUAUCGCCUGAGGCUGCUUGGAGAUUACCAACACUCAACUCGUAUUGCUUUUGUAGAGUUCGUAAUGGCUGAAAGCGCAAUAGCGGCUCUCAACUGCAGUGGAGUUGUUCUUGGUUCUUUACCAAUAAGGGUGAGUCCUUCAAAGACGCCUGUUCGUCCGAGAUCACCGAGGCAUCCAAUGCAUUGAUCUUAGCUUACAGGUUUCCACAUAUCUCAUGUCUCAAUAUAUAUAUCGCUGUCUCGUCUAAAAACAGCAUACACAGACAUGUAAAGAUGUUUGUCUGCAUCUCUCAUCUCUUGUUUUCGAAAAUGUAAUUCUGGGAUCUGAUGAUGCUUCUUUCUUCUUCCGUUACCUGAGAAUCUUUUGGGUAAAAAAAAACCUCGUAGAGAAUUUUUAUUUAUCUCUUAAGAGAAAAAGAGCUUAAAACGUAUUA